CACGUCUCAAAGGAAUCUUAAGAACAAGUCACAAUUUUUACACACCGAGUAAGUAGUGAGUGAUCGGCUUCACUUCCUCACCCAAUAAUAACAUUGCACUGGCAUUAUAUGCUUCGUUCAAACAGAAAGCAAGUAUGGAGAACCAAUUAAUUUUGCGGAAUGAGUCACUUGCGACUUCAAGCUAAGAGCAAAAAAACUGCAGAGUAACACACAUAACCUACGCAUUUGCGUCCACUAAGGAACGCUCGUUGUCAAAGGAUUGUGUCAUAAAUCGAAGCUACUUAUUUUGAGGCGGGAGUGUCCCUUGAGCUUUUUCACGUGGAAAUGAUAGCGCAAUAUGCCAGGGGUUCGCCGGCACUCUCGUCACCGAGCAGCACGCGGGGCACCCGGCGAAAUAAGACGCAAGAACUCUAUGAGGAAGCGAAACUGCGGCAGCAGAGGCAUGAAGAGCGAGAUGCGAUCGUUCGUCUAGCGUUGCAGGCACAUGUUCGCCAGAAGACUUCAGUAUCAUGAAUUUGGUUCGAUAGUAGAUAUUCGAUGCCUUUUCACUUCUACCAAGAUGAGUGACUGUUGUUUUGUCAUCUUGCGAAGAAAUGGGCUCCUAUGCAUGGCAUACUGUAGUCUAGGUUUUUUGUUUAUCAGAAGAGAGCUAGCCAGCUGUUUGAAGCGAGACCUCCCACAACAGGUGUCGAACCCGCGUUCGGCGGAUCUGUAUCAGAGGCGGUAUAAAAAAGACGUGUUGCAGGUGCUCCAAACCCUUCUCCGCAGCAAAGACACGUCCCACGGAUCGCCACAGUAUGGAGCAAUGCCAGGUGAUGAGCAAGCGACAGGUCAAAAGACGGGGAGAGACCUUCAAGAUGGGAACUCUGCUAGGGGGGCAGAUCCCCCAGCAGGCCACGCGGUCGCGGCGCUGUCAGCUGGGGACGAUGAUGAUGAGACGAUUAGCACGCAACUAGCGGCGUUGCGUGUGGAUAGCUGGUUACUUGCCACAGCGCUGCGAGAGCUCGGAUUUGUAGACGUGCCUCCAGAGCUUCGAGCGAGCCUCCUGGUCCAUGUAUUUGAUCCUGAAGAUCGCGGGAGCUUCAGAGCCGACGUCUUUCUGAGCUUCCUGCAGCGUACUCUCAGUAUUUCAGCCGAAAUGGGCAGACCCUCAACACAAGCUAGUAUGACUGGAUAGAAAUAGAGGUCUGUAGUUGAGUCAUUUGCCUAACAAGUGGGCCGCUAAGAGCUGCCGACUCCUCGUCUACAGAAACCAUUCAUCUUUCAGUCACUGUAGUUAUGCAUAGCUUCCUCAUGGUCUUUCUUCAUGCAUCGCCCAACGACGCAGGCAGAGCUUUCGACAGCUUCCAGGGAAGAGCUUGAGACACUCCUCGCUCGACAGCUGCGCAAGAGCCUGAUCUAUGCGACUCGAGCAUUCGCUACUCCGAUGGGAGCAGGGAGUCUACAAAGCGGAGGAUCGUCUGGCUCGACCAGCAAGCGGACGUAUAGAACUGCGGCAGGAGUAAAUCAGGCAAGCGGCGGAAAUAGAAGCCCGUAUGUUGCACACGCACAGUCGCAAGCAGCAAGUUCUAAGCAAAUUCAAAGUCAGAGUCCGCAAUCGAAUCUCGCGCCAGACGACAUGUACUACAUCAUGAUGGAGAGGGCGAAGGUCGCCGAGGAGCGACUAGAGGAGAUGCGGAAACUGAGAGCGCAUGCGGAGCUAGCGGAGUGUUCCUUUCAACCAAAUGCGGAUCGUACUAUGCGGGGACUCUCUUCAAAGAAAUCCUCCGAUGGCAACAACAUCGUGGAGCCUGUCGACCGUCGACUCUACGACUUAGACGAGGAAGUCGAUCACCGUGCUCGACUUCCGCGUGGAGGAGGACACGGACGGAGCAAAGGGACAAGUGCGGGCUCAGAAGCCAGCAUGAGUUCUUGUGGCGGGGUGAAGCACCGGACGCGGCUGUUGUACGAACGAGCGUUGAUCCAGCGGGAGGAAGCAAAACGACGGCAAGCGCAGAAGGAAUUCGAGGACGCAGAGCGCGAAACGGAGGGAUGUACUUUUCAUCCGGAAACGUCGCAGUAUCGAAAGGGCAGCCCGUAUCGCGCGAGAAGUCAGCCGCGCAACUUCGAUUCGGGUGAGCGGAUGAGAUCAGAUUUUGCAGCACGUGCAGAGAAUAGUAGCGGCCACGGCCAUCGUCCGAUAGCAUGGUCAGACGCACCUGCGCGACCACCGCAGAUGAACUUCGCGCCGUCAGACGGAGGCGGCGGCAAUGCCCUUUUCCUAGCGACGGGUAGUAGCGACGGCGGAGGGAUACCACACAAUGAGCCAGCAGAGGACCAUGUCAAGGGCUACAGCGGUUUUGUUGAGCGCAAUCGACGCGCGCAGGCGAAGCGACAAGAAGUGAAAGAGCGGGAGGAGUACAUCCCUGUUGGGGAGCGUUACGAAGAGCUCAGGCGGAAAGGCCCACAGCCAUUCAAUCUUUCAGUCUCAAACAGGAGAAGUGCAAGUGCAGCAGCCAUUAAAGGGUAUAGAUAUAGAGGGUCCUCUCUUUUUGACCUAUGGUGUAAACGAUGCGUCCUUACCUGCAACAGAAGAAAUUUCUUGCAGACAGCGAAACCCUUGAAAAAUAGUAGCAGAGCUAGAAGAUGAUGAGAAUUAAGGAUGUGCUCUUGCGCCCACCUCAGUCUCUCUCCUCCUAUUUGAAUUCACAGCUGGCAAGAGCUCGUAGAAUUUUCGGAGAAGCCGGAUAUCAUUGUUGAAGUCAAGAUGGCACCUGGGAAAUUAGGUCGAAUAGCGCUCUAUUGUGACGACGACCCGUUACAAGUUGUCACCGAAUUCUGCAAACACUAUGCUUUGGAUGAUUCAAGGUAGAAGUUGUACAUUGUUCGGUGAAAGCGUCGAAUGGAGUUUGAGAACGCAAAGCUUUUUCAUACUCUUCAUCUGAUCAUUCUGAAGGUUUGCGUUAUACAUUAGAUGAGAGGAUAAUCUCUCUUACGAUCUAACAAAAGCGAUAGGAAUCAUCUGUUUGAUUUUUAAAUUCAUUCAGGCGAGCCCGCCUCGAGAAAACUCUGCGCUCCGAACUGAGCCGUGUACAGCAUGAAAGUGGGAGCGUCGGGGAGGAUCAAAUCUCGGACUCGAUGCCCCCCGAGUCGCCACCUCAAGAACCAGGGACUAGCGGACCUCCAAUACCGGCUUACUCAUUUUCUGCAGAGCAGGUAAUGAAUAACAGAGAAGCCGACAGCACAGGAAAUGCCAGGACAGAAUCAGAAGGUACCAAGUAUUUUCUUCACCCAUGAUUGAUUUUCUUUUAAGAACUUGUAAUUGAAUGAUUUUUUGUUACGCAUUCCAAUUUGCCUUUUCGACUUUCCCCUUCACAUUUGCACGUCGUAGGUGAUGUGGAAGCUGGCUUUGUGCAAGCACAAGGUCCACGGCAUCCGAGCAUGACGACACCAAAGAUGCAGUCUCCACGUUCGACUGCUAGCUCACGAGCAAGAAGCGUGACGCCACGAGGCGCCGCUGGAAGUGCGUCUGUUUCGGCAAAAGAAGCAGGUGGACCUCGUCCACAUACGAGCAAUUUUAAAGUCAAUGGUACUGGUACAACGAGGGGCGCGGACGUACUUGAGUUUGGGCCAAACGGCGACGGUUCACGAAGUCGAAGUUUCGCAUCUGCUGCGAAAGGAGGCGAAAGAAGUGCGACGCCGCGCGGUGGGAAGGGCGAGACGCCUAUUUUUAGAGGAAACGGAGGCGUCGUUGGCUUCGCAGCUUCUUCUUUGGGCAAGGGAUAUACUCCAAGAAGAGGCAAAGGCACGCCGCGACACCAGAUACCGCCGCAACUAGAUUCGAGCGCGCCGUCACGAGUGAUUGUAGCCCAGCGCCCACCGACAAAACCGCAGCGGGAUAUAAACGCUACGCGAAUUAUUAAAGCAGAGAAAUUCAGAGAAGAAACCGCGGCACGUGCUGAAGCGGCGUCCAGGUAUCGCGCACCAACUGUUUCCUCCAUGCAAGGUUACCACAAUCGCGUGCGCUCAGAGCUGGCUGAGGCAUCGCGGCGGCCUCCCGAGGCGGAGACGCCUCAAUCGAAGUUUUCGCCAGCGAAACAACGGCCGCGAAGCGCAGGGCCCUUUCGAAAUGCAAGCACGCCACGCAGUGCUGCACAGACGAGGAAAAUGGCGUAUUCGGCUGACGAGAGGCUCGACGGUGUUGUAACGGACUCAAGGAGCAAGGGUGCUUACCAGGACGACCACGAGCAACAGAUGGGGUCCCUCAGCGCCUCAGCCUCGUCACAUGGGCGUGCGCGACCGCCAGGCACCUCCUCGUCAAACGCGGGGAGAGAUAAUCCCUCACCAACGCGCGCUGCCUCUCACUACUAUCCUGCACGGCGCAACAGCCUUUUGCGCGACGUUUUAGCGACGGCAGAGACGGAUCGGAGAGGCGCUGUCGAUUUGAACGACCCAGGACUUCUUCGAGCGCAUCAGAGGCUUAAUGAGGGACCCCAUUACCGAAGGCAAGACCGUGAUACUACUCCCAGGAGUGAACGCUGAGACCUAGAGGUUCGGAACAAGAGGUAUAGCGCCAAAGUGACUUUGCCAGCUGACACGUCCCUCCGUAGGUUUGAUGGUAGCUGUUAGUGGUAAAUCAAUACAAAAUGCAUUUAGGCAACCGCCGCCUUAUCAAAAAAAUAUCAAACUUGACGACACCGCUGCAUGUACAAUAGGACCUAUGUUACACUUAAAAGAAGAGGAAGUAGACCGACACUUUGAGUAAUAUUCACCCACUAAGACGCUGUUAUUUUCACCUAGUUUUCUAUUUGUUCUUCGCCCUGAAACUCACACUUUGCUUUGCUACGCCCAAAAUUGUUCAUGUGUAUGACACUCCAGAUUUGAAAGAUCACGCUCGCGCGCGUAUUUCUAUCUAAUUGCUUUGUAGUACUAGUCAAAUUCCGUGGCUGAUUUGUUGUACUGGCUUGCCGAGCCCCUUGAACAUUUCAUUCCAUCAUCGCUGCCCCGCUGACAUUCUAUGUCGAGUGUCAUAGUGAUAGCCUGAUCAGAAACUUCAUCCUUACAACUAGAGUACUUCGCUCGGCGAACUAAUAUGGCGUAAACAUUUUGUGGUAGCAUUUUUUUACCCCGGUAGGAGCUGAAGAAUUCGAGACGGGUGCGAACAUGGAUUUCAUCCCUUGACUUUAUCCCCUUGGGUAAGCCGAAACUUUGAACUUCUACGUAACCUACUUAUCCUCGACGUGCAUCUAUAGACUUGCUCCUCGUUUAAGGAUGCACAUUUUAACGCGCAAUUCCAUCGUAGCAUGUUGUGUCGUGUCGUCCUAUAGAGUCUGAUGAUGUAAGG